AUGGUUGGUAGAAGCUACAUCGCUGCCUUAGCGCUCAUCUGCUUGUGCCUCUUCUACCACCUGGAGAUCACUGCGGCCACAGAGUUCACCGUAGGAGACUCUGCUGGUUGGAGCUUUAACGUCCAGAACUGGCCCAACGGCAAAAGCUUCAAAGCAGGCGACGUCCUCGUGUUCAAAUACGGGCUGGGAACGCAUAACGUGGUGGUGGUCGAUGCCGAAGGCUAUAAUAGCUGCAAACCCAAGUCUGACUCCAAGACCUACACAUCUGGAAACGACAAGAUCACUCUGGCUGCAGGAACCAGUUAUUUCAUCUGCUCCUAUCCUGGUCACUGUGAGGCCGGCGUGAAGAUUAAAGUUACUGCAAGCUAA